AAAAUAAAACAAAUUUAUAAAAAAAAUUACAUUUCCUGUAAAAAAAAGGAAAAACAAGAAAAUGAAAAAAUUAUGAAAAAAGUGCUAAAAGUGUAAAUUACUAAAAUAAAUUUUUAACAAACAAAUCAAGAAAAAAAAUUUCUUAAAAUGAGUGAAACUCCUACCAAUUCCACAAACAUGACGCGUGAGGAAGAAGAAGAGGAAGUGCGCACCUUGUUAGAACGUCAUCAGGAACGUAUAAGACUAGAUUUGGCCAAUACUGAACUACUGGCGGUUUUAGUAAAAAAUUCCGUUUUAACACAAUCCGAAGAAGAUCUGCUACUCAAACCCCAUAAUGCUGCUGUACAAACCGCAUCGGCUCCCUCUUCGGUAGGGGUAACCAAACGUAAACUAAGUGCUGUCAUCAGUAAUGCUAGCGGUACCAGCAGUAGUGCUGGCAGUACCACCAGUGCCUCACUGGCCCAUAACAAUGAUAACAAUAGUAUUACCAAUUCACGUAGUGCCAGUGUUGUGGGUGAUAAUGCUCAAAGUGAUAAUCGUUCGAUUACACCUUCGGUGGUGGUCAAUCUGUCGCAACAGCAACAACAGCAGCAGAAUUCCGAUAAUUUAAGUGAUUUAUAUAGUACGAAAGACGAACUGAAUCAUCACAUUUUAAAUGAUGCCGAUAUUAUACGUUUGCAAUGCGCCAAUUUAAUUGAGAUCAUUGCCAAAAAUGGUUUCGAGAAAUUUAAACAAUUUUGUUAUGCCAUCGAGAACGAGUGUCCCCAAUUGAUUGAGGAUUUAAUAAAUGAUCGUCUGAAAUGUGGUAUGUAUAAGAAGUAUGUUUAAAACAUGGUUUAUUGAAAAUGUAUUGGUUGGA